GUCCAUGACGCGCAGAGCAUCCAGUUUAGGUAUGUGCCGCACGAGUCUUUUGCGGUUUUAGAAGAACUGCAGAACCGGAAAUUCGAUAGUGCAACUUCUGCUGUGGGGGAGGAGGGGACCUCGACCUUGGCGUUUGAUGCGGACAAGAAAGGUCGCAGCGCAACUAUCGACCUG